UUUUGAAACCAAGUGUAAUCUCCCAGCUGGAGCGGAAGGAAGAGGCAUGGGUCCUACCACUGCAAAAUUUUGAGGCAAGGAAGAUCCUGAGGGAAAGUCACACAGAAUUUAAGCAUCAGGUGGUACAACUUGAUCAGGACAUUUCCGAAACUACAGAACCAUGUGGAACAUCCUCAGAAGGGGCCAAUAAAGAUAUUUCUCCUCCUCUUAGCUGGGGAGGAAACUGGGAGAGGGGUCUUGAGUUAGAAGGGCAGCAUGGUACCCUCUUGGGAGAGGGUCAGCAGGGGCCCUUUUCACAGGAGAAGGAAUUAAACAAGCUCCUGGAAGGAUAUAUAGGAAAGAAGCUGGUGUGUGCAGAAUGUGGGAAAAGCUUUAACCAGAGCUCCUAUCUCAUAAGGCACCGAAGAACCCAUACUGGCGAGAGGCCCUAUAAGUGCAUGGAGUGUGGGAAAGGCUUCAAACAGAGUUCAGACCUUGUCACCCACCGCAGAACACACACAGGAGAGAAACCCUACCAGUGCCACAGGUGUGAGAAAAAAUUCAGCGACAGCUCGACCCUCAUCAAACAUCAGAGAACCCACACGGGCGAGAGACCGCACCAGUGCCCCGAGUGUGGGAAGACUUUUGCACGGAAACCACACCUCACGGUGCACCAGAGAACCCACACGGGGGAGAAGCCCUAUGUGUGCCUUCAGUGUCACAAGAGCUUCAGUCGCAGCUCCAAUUUCAUCACCCACCAGAGGACGCACACCGGAGUGAAGCCCUACGGGUGUCGCGACUGCGGGGAGAGUUUCGGCCAGAGCUCCGAUCUGAUUAAGCACCAGCGCACCCACACGGGAGAGCGGCCCUUCAAGUGCCCCGAGUGCGGGAAGGGCUUCCGAGAUAGCUCUCAUUUUGUGGCCCACAUGAGCACUCACUCGGGAGAAAGGCCCUUCAGCUGUCCUUACUGCCACAAGAGUUUCAGUCAGAGCUCACACCUGGUCACGCACCAGAGGACACACACGGGCGAAAGGCCUUUUAAGUGCAACGGCUGUGGGAAGGGUUUUGCUGACAGCUCUGCUCUGGUCAAGCACCAGCGGAUCCACACCGGAGAAAGACCCUAUAAAUGUGGCGAGUGCGGCAAGAGCUUCAACCAGAGCUCCCACUUCAUCACCCACCAGCGGAUCCACUUGGGAGACAGACCCUAUUGCUGCCCCGAGUGCGGCAAAACCUUCAAUCAGCGUUCCCAUUUCUUCACACACCAGAGAACGCACACAGGAGAGAAACCCUUUCACUGCAGUGAAUGCGACAAGAGCUUCCGGCAGAAAGCACACCUUUUGUGCCAUCAGAACACUCACCUGAUGUAGGAAAUAGUCUUUCGUGCUUCUCCUCCCUUCCAAAAUUCCAUCACUGUUGUCUUUGUUUCUGUUUUUUCUUGGCUGUGCUGCAAGGCACAUGGAACCUUAAUUCCCUGUGUGCAUGCUCAGUCGCUCAGUCAUGUCCAACUCUUUGCAACUCCAUGGACUGUAGCCCGCCAGCUCC